AUGAAGCUGUGGACUCAAGAUGACGAAGACGCUGCGGUGCCAUUAAGCCCAAAGUUGAGGAAGAUUGUGUUCGUGAAUAGUUCCGCAUCGCUUGUCCCGGCACCUGGCUACCUAGCAUACUCCGCCGCCAAAGCUGCUCAACGCUCACUUGCCGACACCCUACGCAUGGAAGUAAUGAGGUACUCAGGCCCAAAGAGCACGUACGCCGUCCAAUGUAUCUUUGCGCACAACUUCAUCACGCCAACGUUUCUACAAGAGCAAAAGACUAAACCCGAACUUACCAAGCGCAUCGAAGGCACGUCGGGCGAGCUUCACGAGUUGGAGAAGCAAUUCCCCUACGCUGCGAAGAUUGCGCCCGAGAUUGUGGCAAAUGUAGCGAGCGGCGACUAUGCUAAUGCGGCACAGCUACGGUAUCCUGAUCUUCUGUUCCCCGCCUCCAUCCUUGCCCUCGACACACAUUUCGGCCUCAUCAUGGAUAGCCUGCUCAGUCUAUUCCGUCCCACGCCACAGCCUCCAUCUGAUAGCGCACGUUUCACAAGUCCAGUGCAGCGUCCAACGCACUUGUGCGGUCCGCGAACCAUCUACAAUAGCGUCAAAGAUCUCAGUAAGCGUGUCGACUUCUACGAAGAAAUCACUAUCUUCGCUUGGCCGUCACGCGGAGGUGUGAUCGUACUCGAGAGGCCCUGUCCUGCAGAUUUCGACUUUCUCGGCCUCGACCGUCUCGAUCCUCCGAAGAAGCGUCACGCCACUCGACAAGAGGAAGACGACUUUGCUCAGCGCUUACUAUUGCUCGGUGGGAAGUGGUGGGAUUCUCCCGCUAGACACUCCCUGUUUACUCAACCCGACCACUUGCAAGAUGAGGACGAAAUGGCUGCUCUCCCUGAGCCGACGGCAAGGGAAAACGCGUGGGUUGGUGUCGCAUGGCCUAGUUCGGGUGGAUUGGUCGUAGCUGAGUGGCCGACCAUGAUGUACCCUGGUGGACGCAUGGACGACGUCGCUCCAGACGAUGUGUCGAGAUUAUUCCUGUGUUUGACAAUGGACGAGAAGGCGGCAGUGUUGAUAGACAGACUCGAAGGGAAGUGGUGGAAAGGAGUCAAGGAUUACGAGGGUAGGGCUUUCAUUGGCAGCUGGGGAAACCAUCGAGGCGAAGUUGGCGGACUUCAACAAACGUGGCCAAACGAGGGAGAGAGCCAGAAUCCUGUAUACCUUGCCCAUACUUUCGAACCGGACGUCAGGCCGCAAGGCGUGAAGAGUCACACCCUGCCACGCUGA